UUAAAGCCCAUGUCCCAAGGAGGGAGUAAGAACAAGGGGGAAGGGAGAGAGAGGGGGCAAGAACACAGGGAGGAAGAAAGCAGGGAGGAAGAGAGCAGGGAGGAAGAGAGCAGGGAGGAAGAGAGCAGGGAGGAAGAGAGCAGGGAGGAAGAGAGCAGGGAGGAAGAGAGCAGGGAGGAAGAGAGCAGGGAGGAAGAGAGCAGGGAGGAAGAGAGCAGGGAGGAAGAGAGCAGGGAGGAAGAGAGCAGGGAGGCAGAAAGCAGGGAGGCAGAAAGCAGGGAGGCAGAAAGCAGGGAGGCAGAAAGCAGGGAGGCAGAAAGCAGGGAGGAAGAGAGCAGGGAGGAAGAGAGCAGGGAGGAAGAGAGCAGGGAGGAAGAGAGCAGGGAGGAAGAGAGCAGGGAGGAAGAGAGCAGGGAGGAAGAGAGCAGGGAGGAAGAGAGCAGGGAGGCAGAGAGCAGGGAGGAAGAGAGCAGGGAGGAAGAGAGCAGGGAGGAAGAGAGCAGGGAGGAAGAGAGCAGGGAGGCAGAAAGCACGGAGGCAGAAAGCAGGGAGGAAGAGAGCAGGGAGGAAGAGAGCAGGGAGGAAGAGAGCAGGGAGGAAGAGAGCAGGGAGGAAGAGAGCAGGGAGGAAGAGAGCAGGGAGGAAGAGAGCAGGGAGGUAGAGAGCAGGGAGGAAGAGAGCAGGGAGGAAGAGAGCAGGGAGGCAGAAAGCACGGAGGCAGAAAGCAGGGAGGAAGAGAGCAGGGAGGAAGAGAGCAGGGAGGAAGAGAGCAGGGAGGAAGAGAGCUGGGAGGAAGAGAGCAGGGAGGAAGAGAGCAGGGAGGAAGAGAGCAGGGAGGAAGAGAGCAGGGAGGUAGAGAGCAGGGAGGAAGAGAGCAGGGAGGAAGAGAGCAGGGAGGCAGAAAGCACGGAGGCAGAAAGCAGGGAGGAAGAAAGCUGGGAGGAAGAGAGCAGGGAGGAAGAGAGCAGGGAGGAAGAGAGCAGGGAGGAAGAGAGCAGGGAGGAAGAGAGCAGGGAGGCAGAAAGCACGGAGGCAGAAAGCAGGGAGGCUGCGCUGGAAUAUUUCCCAGCAGCCUCCUCCACGCACUCCAGCCUCCCUUCGCCAACUAUCACAACAUACUACGCGAAAAUCGCUGCACCACUCACAAAUUUGCUGAAGAAGAACUCGCCCUAUCAAUGGGAAUCAAAACAUCAGGAAGUUGUGGAGCAGCUAAAACAAGCACUCAUGUCCGCACGCGUACUCAUCUUGCCAGAUCCCAAACGCGACUACAUCAUUGAAGCUGACGCCAUUGACCAAGCCAUGGGAGCAGUCUUGAUGCAAGACCAGUGGAAUGGACUAGAACCAAUCGCCUACCUCAGCAAGAAAUUGCACGGGGCAUAACUAAAUUACCCGAUAUACAGUA